AGCUUUUUGGACUCUUUCCCGCACUGAAGCCUGUGUACUCUCCUACAGUUGUGGAAUAACUGAUUUUGAAAGGGUUCUUCUGCUUGGAAUUGUGUACAAUGGAUUUUGACAUAUACAUAUAAUUUCUUAAACCUCUGUCCUCCACCAUUGAAAAUGGCUGGAAAUCGGUGGCAAUCCUUUUAGCCAAUGCAAUAUAAUUUUGGCCUUGUUUUGCUACAGACAUAGACGUUUGGCAUAAACCGGUGAAGGUUGUGCGUAGAACCGGCUUUAUAUGAGAUUUUGUUUUGGCAAAUUCUACACUGUGCUCUAACGUUGUCUACAUUAUUAAACUGCAUCCAAAUGCUAUAGCCUGCCUAUAUGCUAUGGGUCAUUUGAUUGAGACCACACUAAAUAGCCUAUAGGCGCACUUCAAAUUGCGCGCCCAGCGGAGAAUCAGAGAUGAUUGGUGGCAUCGAUAUAUAUAUAUUUACUAACUCAACAAAAAAAGAACUGUCCUCUCACUGUCAACUGCGUUUAUUUUAAGCAAACCUAACAUGUGUAAUUAUUUGUAUGAACGUAACAAGAUUCAACAACUGAGACAUAAACUGAACAAGUUUCACAGAUGUGACUAACAGAAAUGGAAUAAUGUGUCCCUGAACAAAGGAGGGGCCAAAAUCAAAUGUAACAGUCAGUAUCUGGUGUGGCCACCAGCUGCAUUAAGUACGCAGUGCAUCUCCUCAUGGACUUCACCAGAUUUGCCAGUUCUUGCUGUGAGAUGAUACCCCUCUCUUCCACCAAGGCAAAUGUAAGUUCAAGAGACAUUUCUGGGGGGAAUGGCCCUAGCCCUCACCCUCCGAUCCAACAGGUGGACAGUCUGAGCACCGAUGGAGGAAUUGUGCGUUCCUGGUGUAACUCGGGAAAUUGUUGUUGCCAUCCUGUACCUGUCCCCCAGAUGUGAUGUUCAGAUGUACUGAUCCUGUGCAGGUGUUGUUACACGUGGUCUGCCACUGCGAGGACGAUCAGCUCCAUGAGCAGUGACCCUGGGUCCUGUAUGUGGCUGGGCCUGUAGCCUGCGUUGUGUUGGGCACAAUCCCCAGAGCCAGGCGGGCUUCCCAAAAGCCACACCCAGCCCACUGCUCCCCUGACCCACUGUUCCUUAUGCUAACCCUUCUGAGCAUGUUUUACUACAUCUGUCUGCGGCGCCGGUCCAGAAGCGGAACUCGGGGUGAGGCGCUGACCAGCAGACGGGCAGUGGAGUCAGGCCAGCGGGCUACCCUGCCCAUCAGCGUGGAGGUGGAACAGUAUGCCAAAGAGGUGCUGGACUUCAGCUCCCACUACGGCAGUGAGAACAGCAUGUCGUACACCAUGUGGAACCUGGCCGGCAUGCCCAACGUCUACCCCAGCUCUGGGGAGUUCACCCAGACGGCCGUGUUCAGGGCCUACGGGGCGUGGUGGGAGCAGUGUGCCAGCGCGCCGCUUCCCUUCCGCCGCACGCCCAAGGCCUUCCACAGCCAGGACUACAUCGAGCUGGCCUUCGAGGAACCCGUCUACCCCACAGCUGUGGAGGUGCUGGAGACCUACCACCCGGGUGCUAUCGUCCAGAUCAUGGCCUGCUCCCUCAACCCCUUCUCCCAGAACCCUCCCACCGACGUCCGGUGGGAGGUGUUGUGGGCUGAGGAGCCCACCAAGGUGCUGACUCCCCAGGCCAGGCAGUUCUCCCCCAGCAUCAAGCAGCUGAGCUUCCCCACCAACUUGCUCCGCGUGGAGGUCAAUAGCUCCCUGCUAAAGUACUACACGGAGCUGGACGCUGUCGUCCUGCGUGGCCAGAAAGAGAGGCCCAUCCUCUCCCGUUAUAAGAUGCCCAGGAUCGACAUCUGUGACCUGAGUGACAGCGAUGAGGAACUGUCUGACCCGGGAGCCUCCUUCCGACAGGCCGGGGAUGGCAAGCACAUUAACCUAGGGAAUGGAUACUUUGAUAAACUGCCCUACGAGUUGAUCCAGCUGAUAGUUAGCCACUUGACCCUGCCCGACCUGUGUCGCCUGACCCAGACCUGCAAGCUACUCCGCCAGCACUGCUGUGACCCCCUCCAGUACAUCCAGCUGAGCCUGCAGCCAUACUGGGCUCGCCUCAGUGACACCUCCCUGGGCCACCUGCAGGGCCGGUGCACCCUGCUCCAGAGGCUCAACCUCUCCUGGACCGGCAACCGUGGAGCCCUCACCCUCACCGGCUUCAGCAGCUUCAUGAAGGCGUGUGGUGGGAGCCUGGUGUGUCUGGAGCUGUCGUGUUGUCACUUCCUGAGUGAACCGUGUCUGGAGGUCAUCUCCCAGACGUGUCCCGGGCUGCAGGAGCUCAACCUGUCCUCGUGCGACCGCCUCCACCCCCAGGCCUUUACACACAUCUCCAAGCUCACCCGCCUGCGCCGGCUAGUGCUCUACCGCACAAGGAUAGAGCAAACAGCCAUGUUGCGCAUCCUAACCUUCUGUAUUGAGCUGAGACACCUCAACCUGGGGAGCUGUGUGAUGAUAGAGGACUAUGACGUGGUGGCGAGCAUGCUGGCUGUCCGCUGCCGCUCACUGCGCUCCCUGGACCUGUGGCGCUGCAGAAGCCUGUCGGAGCGUGGCCUGGCCGAGCUGGCUGCAGGAUGCAGAUUACUGGAGGAGCUGGACCUGGGCUGGUGCUCCACACUGCAGAGCAGCUCGGGCUGCUUCCAGCACCUGGCCCGCAACCUGCAGUGCCUGAGGAAGCUCUUCCUCACCGCCAACCGCACCGUGUGCGACUCGGACAUUGAGGAGCUGGCUGCCAACUGCCCCGCACUGCAGCACCUCGACAUACUGGGCACCCGGAUGGUAAGCUCCUCCUCCCUGAGGAAGCUGCUGCAGGCGUGUCCGAAGCUCCUCCUCCUGGACGUGUCCUUCUGCGCGCAGGUGGACGCCCGCAUUGUCCAAGAGCUCUGCGGACUCUUCCCCAAUGUGGCCAUCAAGAAGAGCUUUACCCAGUGACCUCACCCAGCCACACCCUCACACAGGGGCAGUGACACAGGGACACCGUCACAGGGACACCAGGGGGGAGGCACUACUUUUGACUAGUGGCGUGGAGUAUUACUGAAUGCCCAGUGGGUAGAAUGAAUGGGGUCUGAUGGCCGAGAGCACUGAGGCCUAUUAUAAUAUGGACUAAAUGGUUAGGAGUGUUGUGUUGUGGUGACAUGAGCAUCGGCUGAACACCUCACCUACAUCUCAACACAGUCUCCUCAUGUUAAGCCGCUGAAUGCAAGAGAGAGUCUUGAGAGGAGAAACUGGUUGAAAUCAGGGUCACGGGUGCCAAAGUCGCUAGAUUUCAUUGUUGGUCAGCCUAGUAACUGACACAUCUGGUGGCGGCUGCUUGUCAUCUGUCCACCCCUCCUGUGACUCAUUUGUAAAAUGUCUGACCUCAGUGUUUUAUCUGAAUCUGAAAUCUCAGGGGUUUUAUCUUGUUCAUAUUGUUCAAUUAUUAUGUAGAUGUUUUUUCUUCUUCCCAGAAACCAGCAGAAGAGCCUCCUUUAUUCUGAGAGAAACAUUUGAGUCCUGUUUGAUUUGUUCUGAGACAACGGGAAUUCUGGGAAAAAUGUACAUUGGGCACUGAUACUGAGACAAACAUUUUUUUAAAUGUUGAAUAUUGUGCUAAUUGUAUGAUUGUAAAAUGAUAUCAAUAUCCUUAAUUAUUUAUUGAUCUUGUAAUAUAUUAUUGCACAUCUCCAAUGCUACAUUAGCAUUUCCUUUAAACUGAGACUCGGCGAUACGAGCAGCAAGGUGAAACAAAUAUAUAUUUAGGAAUAAACGCUAUACAAUAGGCUGUACAUGUGAGCACCCACAGUCCCGUACAGAGCAUCUUCGCAUGUGCAUGGGAGAUCGCUUCACUCUCCUGCAAAUGUGAUAGCUGAGGGACAACUACUGCGGAGUAGAUUAGUCUCUCGCUUCACUCUCUUCGUUGUUGGGGAUAUUGGCCUGAUAUGCAGCUACUGGAAUUUGUAUAGCUGAAUCUACCUUUAAGCAAAACUUGGGAGUGUCAUUUUGAGCAGUAGCUAGCUAGUAUGUGAGGUAUUUUUGUGCCUUGACUGAAUGUGGUGUCUGUGUCAGUAGUUGUAAUGCUUUGCUUCCUGCCCUCUACCAAAGUUACCAUCAAAAUCCCAUGUCCCUCGCUAUAGCUUAAUUUGACCAGUGAAGAAACCCAUGCAGAUCUGUCAUCUUGAUUUGACAUAUGCAAAGCCAUAUUUAUUUUAAGCAGAAUCUUAUCUCCAUCUUUCAAUUCCCUUUUUUUAUUAAGUGGCAGUUAUGUCUGCUUUUUGGAUUACAUAUUAUUUUAUCUGUGGGAACGUGGUCUGGUCACGCUCAAAUCACUAAAGUAACCUGCACAGGGAAGCUAUUGAAAAACACAUAUUAAUGUUAACAUUCGUGCAACGAACACACGCAAUCUGUCAUCCCGCUACACAAAUCUAGUUUCUCUCCUUUGUCCGGUCACUAGCUGACCAAAGUCACCACAGUUUUCGCCACAUUGUCACGCUACUUUUAUUUAGAGGCAUUUAUUGAUGUGGACCUGCUAUGUUUUGCAUUGAUGGACUUUUCCCCAGUCAGUUUUGGAUGCGUGUGUGUGGUCAAACUUAGUGCCAUUUGUAGAACCUUUAGUAAUGUACCCUUAACCAAGUGUGAAUGUCAGGUGUGGUGUCGUCAAGACUCACUGGCAGAUAACCACUCGAAAGUGUUGAAAGAGGUUGCACCUGUACGACGACGAAACUGGGUGCUUUAAUUUGAAAUAAAAUGAAGGUUGAUGACUGAGA